GUUCGAGUCCUGGCCACACUUUACCUACUUCAAUAACUUGGUGCAGCUUAUAAAUCAAACCAAUCAAUUAAACCUUCACAAGACGGAGUUCAGUUUAAGUUCCUAUAAUGGCGUCUCCGACGGAAUCCCACCUAAACAAUCUUGAUGGUGACCAAAAAGAAGAAGAUGAGAGCUUCCUUUAUGCCGGGCAACUCGCAAAUUCACUUGUGCUGCCCAUGGCCAUGCAGACAGCCAUUGAGCUCGGCGUUUUUGAGAUUCUAGCUAAAGCAGGUCCUGGAGCCAAGCUCUCCUCCUCACAGAUUGUGGCAAAGAUGCCCACCACCAAUCCUGAGGCACCCCAGAUGCUGGACCGCAUCCUCAGGAUGCUGGCAAGUCAUUCCGUGGUAAGAUGCUCUGCUGGUGCUGAUGACACUGGGGCUUUUCAGAGGCUCUACGCUCUUUCGCCUGUGUCUAAACAUUUUGUUCCUGACGAAGAUGGGAUCUCGUUCGGCCCUAUGAUGGCUUUGCUUCAAGACAAGGUCUUCGUAGAUAGCUGGUUCCAACUGAAAGGUGCGAUUCUUGAGGGAGGAAUUCCAUUUGAUAGGGUUCAUGGCACGAAUGCUUUCGAAUAUCCUAGUUUGGACCCCAAGUUUAAUCAGGUUUUUAACAAAGCUAUGCUCAACCAUACUACAAUGGUUAUUAAGAAGAUCCUCGAGUGCUACAAGGGCUUCGAGACACUCAAGCAAUUGGUCGAUGUUGGUGGUGGUCUUGGAGUUGCUCUCAACUUAAUUACUUCCAAGUAUCCCCAUAUUAAGGGCAUUAAUUUUGACUUGCCUCAUGUUGUACAGCAUGCCCCAUCUUAUCCAGGUGUGGAACAUGUAGGAGGAGAUAUGUUCAAAAGCGUUCCUAAAGGAGAUGCAGUAUUUAUGAAGUGGAUACUUCACGAUUGGAGUGACGAACACUGCGUGAAGCUUCUGAAAAACUGCUAUGCAGCAACUCCAAAUGAUGGGAAGGUAAUAGUUGUGGAGGCAGUUCUUCCAAAGAUGCCAGAGGUUAGCACUUCCAUGCGGUGCACCUCACAACUUGAUGUGCUUAUGCUGACUCAAAACCCAGGAGGAAAGGAAAGGACUGAAGAAGAAUUCAUGGCCUUGGCAACCAAAGCCGGAUUCAAAGGCAUCAGAUAUGAAUGCUUUGUUUAUAGUUUCUGGGUCAUGGAGUUUUUUAAAUAGUCGAUUGCUUUCUUGUAAUAUUUGGAAAUGCAUCUCAGAACAUUGAAAUUAAAGGUCACUAAAGGUAAGUUGCCGUGAUAGUUUUAAAUCGAUCGUAA